CAUUUUAGCAAAUCAAUAAUAUAACCUGAAUUUAUUACUUCAGUUGUGUCACCUUUAGUUGGGUUCUGUUUUUAUUUCUUUAUUUAUUUAUUUAACAAAUUAAAGUACGAUAAUGGGUAGAAGUAGUUGCACAAGAGAACGAAUUCACUGAUAGCUGAGAUGGAUUGCAUAUCUGGAUUUUUAUCUUUGAUAAAACCUUGAGUACACAGGUUGAAAGUUCAAGAUUCUAUUUUCACUGUUUAAUAAUUGGCGGCCGCUAUAUUUACUUUUAAUUAAACAGUACUUUAGCUUCUCUAUCAGUUGUGGUUGUGCAAUAGCAAAUGUGCAAUGGAUCGACUGAAUGAAGAAAAUGUUAUUUGUGGGGAGGAAGUGGAGAUGUCUAUUGAUUCCAGCUUGGGUGAACUAGAACUGUUAUUAUUAAGGGCACAUGGAGAUAAAGUUGUACAGGUGGAUGUAGAAACUGGUGAGAAGUUAACAGCAAGUUUAGCGUUGAACAGGGCUGUAGCAUUGGCGAAAUGGUUAAUCCAGAAUGGAGUGAAACCAGGAGACGCCAUUUCAAUCAACAGCGAAAACCGCCUGGAGUUCGUUAUCGUGCCUUUGGCGACGUUUCUUGUCGGCGCUGUCUUCGCUCCACUAAACCCAGAAUACACCACAGGCGAAUUGAAUCAUGUACUGAACCUGUCCAAACCAAAAAUAGUCUUCUGCUCAAAUCUAACUGUGAAAAAUAUGUUAGCUGUGAUUAAAGAUCAGUCAAACAUCCAGAAGCUUGUUCUUUUUGGAUCAAAAGUUUCAGCUAACUCUAAUAUCACUAUGUACAGAGAUAUUAUUAAGGAAGUGAAAGAGGAUCAACCUGCGGAUGAAGAAUUUGAGGCUGUUCUUAUUGAUCCUAAGGAGGCGGUCGCAACAAUUCUAUGUUCUUCGGGAACAACCGGAUUGCCGAAAGGCGUUAUGACGACGCACUCUAACAUGACUGCUUUCAUAGAAAUUGCUAGAAUCCGUAUACAAGAAAUGUUGGAAUCAGAAUCCAAUAGUUCUGGUACUGUAACAUUCGGGUUAACUCCGUUCUUCCAUUCCAUGGGCUUCAUGUCUAUGUACAUGAACUUUAUAGCAGGCAAUCUUGUGGUUGUCAUGAGAAAGUUCAAAACUAAGCUCUUCCUUGAAGGCAUCGCCAAGUACAAAGUCACCACGCUUGUUGUGCCUCCGCCGAUUAUCCUCAUUCUCAACAAGCAUCCACUAGUAAAGAAUUAUGACUUGUCCAGUCUGAGAGACGUUAGGGCUGGAGCGGCGCCCAUGGGCAAGGAAAUGGAGAAAGAGGUUAAGGAUCGCCUAAAGUUGCAACACAUCUCGCAGAACUACGGUAUGACCGAGACAACGCUGGGCGUUCUUAUGACCAGGUAUAAUGAGUGCAAAUUCGGCUCUGUUGGUCAGAUUGUACCUACCAUGAAAGUUAAAAUUGUAGAUGAAGAUGGUAGGGCUUUGGGACCAAACCAAGAGGGCGAGCUUUGCUUCAAGGGACCAAUGAUCAUGAAGGGAUAUGUUGGAGACCCAGUGUCUACAGCGAACACUAUUGACAAAGAUGGUUGGUUGCACACUGGAGACAUCGGUUAUUACGAUAACGAUAAAUACUUCUUUAUUGUGGACCGCAUCAAAGAAUUAAUAAAGUACAAAGCAUUCCAGGUUGCACCUGCGGAAUUGGAAGCGCUUCUUUUGCAGCAUCCAAGUGUCACAGAUUCCGCCGUUGUCGGUUUGCCCGAUGAAGAGGCCGGCGAGUUGCCAUUAGCUUUUAUAGUCAAAAAGAGUGGUGUCAAAGUUUCCGAGAAGGAACUGUUGGACUACGUCGCGGGAAAUGUUUCGCGUCAGAAACGUUUGACCGGCGGAGUUAUCUUUAUCGAGGAAAUCCCAAGAAAUCCGUCAGGUAAAAUCCUGCGACGUGUCCUCAAAGAACGUGCCAAAGUCAUGAAAUCUAAAGCCAAAUUGUAACUAUUAUUUUAAAUAAUUGUAGCUAGUAAAUUUUUUAACUGUGA